UUGACGAACGCACGCGUCCUGUCGUCAAUGAAAGUCAUGGAAACGACGUUAGCGUUCGCAGCCCUAUAAAUGGUCCUGACCUUCGAAAUUCUUUCCCUUUGCGACUGGACUUUUGUAGGAGACGCCUAAAAGAGCAUAGAAAGCUUCGGAAGGUUUGACCUUGCUGAGAAAGUCUGCUUUGCAAAACUUGCUGAAGAAGCACUUGUUGAAGAAGCCCGUGGUAAACAAACCUGCAAAGGAUGGUUCCUGGCCAGGAGAAGCACCAGCGGGGCGAUCAGCCGGAAGCUCAUGCUUUAGUGCUUCCUCCAGAUGGAUCCCUAAUGUUGGAGGGACACCCGGACAAUGUUUCUGAACACAAGGGAGAGGUGUCAAGCUGUAGGUCACUUCCAGACUCUGUCGACAGUUCUACCAGCUCCAGUGAAGGUGAGGUUGGUAAUGACAGUAUUAGCAGCUCCAGUGGCAGCUCUACUAGCAACUCCGGUGGUAGCUCUACUAGCAGCUCCAGUGAAGAAGAAGUUAAUAAUGGCUGUACUACCAGCUCCAGUCCGACAGUGGACCGUGCUUACACUGCACCACAACUGCUUGAGGUUCUUCCUCCAAUUUUUAAAUACAUACAGGACAUCGAGAUGGCUCAGAAGCUUCAAGAGGAUAUUUUUCUCUUGACUUCGCUUGAAUCCACACGUGGACUUAACAAGCAGAAAGAGCCCAUUUUGAGUCCAGAGGACUCAAAACCUAUUGGGACCUCCCAACAUUACCAGGUAGGUUGGGAAGAGGAUGCGGCUCAUGUGACAUCUGUGAUCAGCAUAAACAAUGAUGCUGAAGAGGAGCCCCCUGCCAAGAGGUCCAGGGACAGCAGUGAUGAAGAGGAGGUCCCUGCCAUGAAGCCCAGUUUGGAGGAGGUCCUUCAAAGUAUCGGCACAAGGUUGGCAUGGAGAUGUCGUAAAGAAUGGGAGGAUGAGCCCAUUCUGCCAAUCCCUGUGUUCAUUGCCUACCAAAAGACAGACCAUGAGGAUCCUGUUCUCUCAUCCCCUGUCUUCAGUCCCUCAUGUAAAAUGGCGCAUGAGGAUCCUGUUCUGUUAUCCCCUGUCUUCAGUCCCUCACGAGGGAUGUCCCUCACCCUUGACAUACUGGGAGGAUCCCAUUUUGUCACCCUGUGUCUUCAGUCCUUCACUUGA